AUGAACCCUGAUCGUCCUGCAACGUCCAAAUCCAGAGGAACAUGCCGUUACUAUAAUACGUCCCGGGGCUGCUUCGCUGGAAACAACUGCAAGUUCCUACAUGGUGAGACCGAGAAGUACACCCCUUUCGACAAGAGCAAGACCUGCAAGUUCUACGCGGCGGGAUAUUGUCGUCGUGGUGAUCAAUGCUGGUUCAUCCAUAGCGAUUCUCCAUCAGCGGUGGCUUCUUCCUCAGCCGAGCCUGCUACUGAGGAGGACCAGCUUUGCUGCAUUUGCUACGAGAAGCCUGUGACAUAUGGUCUCCUUGGUGGAUGUAGUCAUAUUUUCUGUGUUCAGUGUAUACGUGAAUGGCGUGAUCCUCACGGCAAAAGCGAAGAUGUAGUAUCAUCGGGAGUAACGAAGCAAUGCCCGCUGUGUCGCGCGUCGUCUCGAUUCAUCACCCCAUCGAGCCAAUUCUUCCCGGAGGGUCACCCAGGGAAGGCCAAGACCAUCGAGCAAUACAAGGCUAGCAUGGCUCGUGUGCCAUGCCGUCAUUUCUCGAAAUCACCGUUGAACGAUCGAUUUUGUCCAUUUGGGAAGGACUGCUUCUAUCAACAUGUCAAUGAAGAUGGGACCCCCUAUAUUUUCCGGCAUGGCGUGGAUCAUAACAUGAGGGUAUGUCAUCAUGCGCUUCUAGUAUAA